AACUGGCUGAGGCCACAGUGUGCAUCCACAAUCGGAAGUCAGGAGGCAAACAUCAGUUUCGAAGACUUUCGAAGAAUUUCCUCGAUCAUGCAUUCUCGAAUUCCUUGAAGAAUCGAACCUUCACUUAACAUCCAAGAUUUCUUUCUGGAUUUGGGCCUGCCUAAUUUCUCGUUCCGAAUCACUGAUAUAAUCACUGAUAUAGUCACAGCCACGUCUAGAGUUGGAACCUGCUGUUCCAGAAAGAUCUGAUCAACUACACGGAUCUUCGGAAUAAGGAACUAUUGAAAUAGCUCACUGGCUAGCGUUCCAUCAUGGAGGAAUCCCUCUCAGGCACACUGGAGAUACCAACGCUUGGUAGAUCAAUGCGCAUAGGCACAUUGUACGACGUACGUAGUGAUGAGGCUAUUACCACAGGUACCGUAUUCAUUAACAAAGAAACCAUAGGAGAUCAUCUGAAAGUAGUGGAACAGAAAGGAUUAAAGCUCACCGUAAUUCGGUCAAAUUCGUUCGAUGACAAAUCAAUGGCUUUAGGUCUUGACGCUUCCCUUAAGGCAAGUGUUCUGGGGGGAUUAGUUAAGGCUGAGGCGGCUGCAGUAUAUCUGCAUGAUCGACAGCCCUUAGAUAGUCGCUGUCGACUCACUCUGCAUGUCAACACAAGCAAUAAGCUUGAAUGUUUGACGCAGAAAGCACUAGAAUCCAAUCUCAAAGGCAAAGACCCUGACUUGUUUGCAAGACAUGGUAAUGCCACUCAUGUUGUUAAGGCAAUUUUGUAUGGGUCGAACACCUUUAUCGUGUUUGAUUACUGUGGGGGUGACGAAAAGGAAGAUGCUGCAAAAAUCCUAACUGAACUCGUGGACAAACUUGCAGCCCACGUCAAAGAAGAGGACGAUAUUCCUGCCAGUUGGGACCAACACGUUCGGUGGAAGGUUUAUAGUGACUUGCCCCUUGAGCGCAACCCGGCAGAUGUUGAAGGUGUUAUUCAAUUUCUGUCAAUCUUGCCCGAAAUGUCUGAGACGAAAGCCAUUCCGAUUAAGGUAUUUUUAUACCCACUAGGCAAGAUAGAUCCUAGAUCUGCUCGGGUUUGCAGCGCUCUAAGUGACAGUCUCCCUACACAGGCUCAGACUUUCCUUGAAGGUAUAGAGGAUUGUUUGACGAGAACCCGUGAGAUGGCGAACGACCCAUUGUCUAAAGAUUUCCCCCAGUUAAAAGAGAAGUUUGAGUUUUACAUAAAGCUUCUGACGGAGUACAAAUCGAGCUACAAGAAACAGCUAGCACACAUAUUGCCCCUGGUAAGGAGUGGAAGUGACGGCGAGGGACGCAUCAAGGACAUGUUCCGGGAUGUUGAUUCGUCACCAUUCAAUCUGAAGUCACUCAAUGCUUGGGUACGUAGUAAGCGCAAAGAGUUAAAUUCUGUCAAACGCUACGUCAAGUUUCUCCCAAACGUAGACAUCGUGAAAUCUCGUGAGAAUUUAGACGAUAUUAUCAUAGACCCGAGUAUCGAGAACGUGGUUUGCUUUACUUUCCAACUGAAGGGGGAAGAGGAAGGUUACUUGAGGGCGCUGUCCGAGUACAUCGCAGAGAAAAAAAGUGGUUCUUACGAAGAUAGCCAAUGGUAUGACGAUACGUCCGUGUUGAAGGAGAUGAGGCUCAAGGCAAAACUAUUUGCUGAUUUCUUUGAGAGCAAUCAACAAGAAGACUGCACCAAGUUCAUUGAGACCGGAUUUGAACACGACCCCUCCGGAUCUGCAGAAGGAAAAAGUGGUAGAAUAGGCGGAACAGUGAAUCUAUUUGAGCAAGGCGAGUUGAGUCAAGAGGACUUCCAACCACCAAGUCAGCCUUUGAAGCCACAGUGUGACGUCGUCGAUCAACACUCAAUAAAUCUGACAUGGACUGAACCGAAGUAUGGUAUGUCGAAUGUUCAAAGAUACGUUGUCAAGUACAAUGUAUUUCGAGGUCAGAAUGAGCAAACAAGUGACCCUCAAGAGAUGCAAACAAAGAGCCUGGAAACCCAAGUCAUGAUUGACAACCUAGAACCAAACCAGUCCAUACGGUUCCAAGUCAGUGCCGUAUGUUCGGCAGGUGUGGGCCCCGAGAGCCAGCGAAGUGCUGUGGCAACUACACUGUCGGCGAAAUCGCCUGAGAAACCCGAGUUCCGAAACGUGACUGCUUCCAGUGUCCUCCUGGUAUGGAAACAGCCCGGUAAGAUAGGAAAGGAUGAAAUCGUUGAAAGCUUCGUCAUCCAGUUGAUGGAAGCGGGAAACAUGAUCAACGAAAUCGACAUUAAAUCGUCCAAGAAGGAGUUCAAAGUUAAGAAUCUGGAGGCAAAUACUACUUACACAUUUCAGGUAGUUGCCUUGUACAAGACGGGCAUCAAGAGUCCACCUAGUACCACUAGCGAUCAUUGUACAACACGUCCAGCAAGCCGGCCAGGAAAACCUGCAGUUAGUGACGUCAAAUCAACUAGCGUUGUUAUCACCUGGACCGAUCCUCACACUGUAGGACAUGGUGUAGAGCUAGUUGACUACUUCAUACAAUACCGCAAGGUGGUCAAUUGCAAGCAGUCUACAAAAUCUGAAGACGGUGGGUGGGAGAAGUAUCUGCUGAAGGGGAAAGCUAUCAUGGGAGCCAGCCCUUGUUUGAUUUCCGAUUUAGAUCCAAAUACGACCUACCAUGCCAGGGUGUUAGUAGUUUGCAGUGUGAAGAAGGGUAAGGAACCCGAGAUGAUACCUAGUGACAUUAGUGAUCAUUUCACUACGCUUCCUGCUGGCCCACCAAGUGGCUUAAGAGCCCAGCAGGUGUCAACAUCACAGAUCGAAAUCAAGUGGACAAAGCCUGCUGUCGUUGGUGCUGAAGUGAAGUACUUCAAGGUUGAAUACAGCAGCGGUGACGACCCCGGGGUAGUAAGAAAGAAGACAGACGAUUCUUCAUGCAAGUUUGUUAUCAGAGGAGUCAAAUCUGAAACGCGGUACAACAUCAAAGUUUUGGGCUUUUGUGAGAAAGCGGGGGCAGGUGAAGUAAGCACGGUGGAGUGUACGACCCGCAAACUCAUCAAGAAAUAUGUCAGUAAAUCGUCAAAAAUACUUCAACCUGGUGACCCGAAAACCGGAAAACCGACCAUCUUGAAGUUGCCUCUUAGGAAGGUGUGUGAGAAGUCCCAGAGUCGUAGUUUCAUGUUUGGUGAAGGAUCUAAGAUACAAAGAGAGCGCAAAGUGAUCAUGGUUGUUGGCGUCACAGGUUCAGGAAAAAGCACCCUGAUCAACGCAAUGGUCAAUGACAUCUUGGAAGUAGAGUGGGAGGAUGAAUACCGGUUCAAAGUGGUUGAUGUCGGUGAAGGAAACGGAUCGUCACAAGCUCAUAGCCAGACACAGGUUCUCACAUCGUAUACCCUGAUGGACGAAAACCUUAAUCCGCCUUACGAUCUGACCAUCAUCGACACACCAGGCUUCGGUGAUACUCGUGGCAUUCAAAGAGAUAAAGAAAUCUUUGACCAGAUCCGUGAGUUUUUCUUAGAUGCGGAGUAUCACGAGAUCGAUCACAUUGAUGCUAUUGGGUUUGUUGUCCAGGCUUCGAAUGUGCGUUUAACGCAAACACAGCAGUAUGUUUUCGAUGCCAUUUUGUCGGUGUUUGGCAAGGACAUUGCCGGCAACAUCAUUGUACUUGCAACAUUUGCAGACCAACAAGAUCCACCUGUUAUUGCUGCACUGAAAGAGGCAGACAUCCCUUUCACAGGGAAAGUGUUUAAGUUUAAUAAUUCGGCCCUCUUUGCUGAAGUGAGACAACCAAAUCAACAGAGUGGCGAUAAAACGUCUGAUGGAAAGGAUCAUGGAAAGAUUGAUACAAUGUUCUGGGACAUGGGAUCCGAAAGUUUGAAGGCAUUCUUUCAAAAUGUGCAGACUCUUGAAGCUCGAAGUCUUAUCCUUACGAAGGAAGUGUUGGAGGAGAGAAAGCGUCUUGAGACUGCAAUCCAAGGCCUUCAGCCUCAGAUCAUGGUAGCAAACUGCCAACACGAAUCUCUCAGAAAGGAGCAACAAAUCCUGGUGGAAAAGGAAGCGCAAAUCGAAGCAAAUAAAGAUUUCAAAGUCACGGUGAAGGUUCCCAAAUGUAGAAAAGUAGAAAUAACUGGAGAGUACAUAACCAACUGCAGCAAAUGCCACGCCACUUGUCAUUAUCCUUGUUUAAUCGCAAACGAUGCAGAUAAAGUCAAUUGUUCGGCGAUGAGCGACGGGGUCUGUACUGUGUGCCCAGGGAAGUGUUCAUGGGAUGUUCAUUUCAAUCAGCAGUACAGGUUCGAAUUCUACGAAGAGGAAGAAGAGAAGACGUACGAAGAGAUUAAGGCGAGAUUCAAAGAUGCAUCGGGGAAGAAACUGACAGUUCAGCAAGUCAUACAAAAACACAUGGAAAGUUUGAAAAAGGUCCGAGCGUCCGUGUUUGCGUUAAUAGCCGAAGCGCAUAAAAGCGUCACACGUUUGGAAGAGAUUGCACUGAAGUCAAACCCUCUAAGCACGGUAGAAUACAUUGAUCUUCUGAUUGAAACUGAGAAACGCUCUGGUAAACCUGGCUGGCAAGACCGAGUCCAUGGCUUAGAAGACGUGCGAAAAGAGGCAGAUAUCACUGGGAAAGUGAAGAAAGGAAACUACAAUCCGUUCGACAAAUUCGAUGCCAGCAUGAGAGCCGAAGCCAAGAAGAAAAGGGGAUCAGGGUGGUUCUCUUGGUUUAAGUAGAAAACACAUACACCUCGCAGUAGACUGUCUUUAACCGCAAGGAUAAAGAGAGGUGCUUGCUUUUCAGAACCAGUGAUUUCAUUGGAUAGGCUACGGUGCAGAGACGUAAGCUUUCUAUAUCUGUGUUUUAAUUGGUCCGAGAUGACGUUUGGCAGCUGCACUUUUCGGUCAUCUGCAAAUGAAUGUAGGUGAAAGGUGAUUAUGGAAGGGGAUUGACCUAGGCUUGAGGCCACUCUCUAGCGUUAUUCACGAGCCUCGAAGUGUGACGUCAAACUUCUAGUUUUUACGUAAAAACAAUAGAAGGUCCAAUAUUUUAUGUUGUAGUAUGAACGACAUUUAAACGGGAUUAUGUUCCAUUGGUGUUUACAAAACGUUGGAAUAACCAAAGCUCUGUGUUUAGACUGUGUUUGAAGUGCCAUCUUUAACUUUGUAAGUUUGAAUUUUCGUCUUGUAUGUUUUUGACAGAAGCAAAUAAACUUGAUAUACUAUAGCGUAUUAAUGAUAUAAUAGAAGUAUUAUUUUUCUUAACUACAAUUAUGAUGUCCCAGAUUCCGCAAAAUAUUCUUCAUGGCAACACUGCAGCUAUCGUAAUUGUAUCUGAUCAGAAUGGUGUAUGCGUCACGAGAGAACUUUACAUAUAGUUUUUAUCGCCGGUCUGACAUGGCACAAUCACCUUUCGUAAUUUUGACUUCUUCUAAGGUAGAUGAUUUUGUAUACCGGUCGUUUCCACCGAAAUAUUCAUUGGUUGUGAGGUUUGCAUUUUCAUGGAUUUACUUUGUAAAAUAUACGUAGAUUUACCGACUUUCCCGAUAACUGUUUUUAAGACGAUAGUUGAAAACUAACGCAUUUACUUUAAGUAAUUUAUUUGCAAAACCUUUGGAAAUGUUGCUGUUUUUAAUUACUCCUUAUAUUUUAUGGUAACGAGUUAGUGCAUAGGGCCUACACUUAAACAAUAAGAUCUACUUAUGAAACUACAAACAUCGGAAUAUGCGGUCCGCCAUUUUGUGGAGACAAAACUUCGGCUGUACAAACCUGUGAACAGUGUAAUGUCAUGAUAAUCAAGGGAUAUUAAUAUGCGAGUUAUUUUAUUAUACUUAAAAUAUCUUUACACCUACAUUCAUAGCACAAUCAAGUACAAUAUCGGAGGGGAACAUGCCCCUUUAAUGUACAAGACUAUCGCUAUAGAACUUUUAAGUAAGUGUUUUUAUUAUAUAUAUUCAGUUUACUCAUUAUACGACUUUAAGCGACGUAAACUUCCGGUGUAAUUUGGCGUUUAAAGGGCCUGAACUAAGGUGUAAACGGGCAUAAUGUGUUAAGGUCAUUGGGUGUUCAGUUAGUAAUAUCGGAACGCCAUGUUACGGAACGCCAUGUGUACGGAACGCCAUGUUAAUCUUUCAGAGACUUUAGAUCACAAAGUUGACCUUUAUUUAACUACAUUGAAUGUACCGCCUAACGACGGCCAUCAUGGUGUUGUGAUUGAGUUGCUCAAUACACAACUAUUGUUUAUGAGUGUGAGUAACAUUGUGUUUGACAGAUCAAUUCAUUAAGAACUGCUGUUAUAUUUUGUUCAUUGGUGGCUCGACUCGACCACGGACCUCUACGGUUCACUUGACAUUAUUUUAUAAUCUCAAUGCAUAUGGUUGUCAUAAGGGACCAUUGCCUACAAGCUUUGCUUCUUAAAUGGAUCCCUCCGCAGUGUCAACAUUGUUAUGCAUCUAUUUCUUCAAACCUAUGUUGUGAAACGAUUAUUUUUUCAUUGUUUGUAAUGAUUUCUUCUGACUGCUGUUUGAUAUUGUUGUUUUUUUGUCUUUUGAUACUGUGGAAAUAAAAUGAACCUUGAACCUUGAACCUAUUAUUUCACAAACUAAUCAACUUGUAACCAAAUUGUCCUAUCAAAAAUGUUUUACCUUAGAAUUGUAUCGUAUUAUGGCUUACUACUGUUUAAGUAAUUAGUAAUAUGCUCAUGAUUUUCAAAUUCUUGUGAUAUCGUUUCGCAUUUCGUGUAAGUUUAUGCUUCAAAUACUCAUUCACAUAUUACUUAAUUGUGCUUAGUUUAAAUACACAUUGUCAUAAUUUGUAUCUGUAUACCGGUGGUGAUAAACGGGAUUGCUUAGUUUAAAAAAUUUCAACUAAAUUGAUUUCAUGUCACUACAAUAUUAGCUAAACAUGUAAUCUUGGUGAUAUAAACGGAUUGGUUUUCAUAAACCUUUCUUAAAGAUAAAAGCUGUGUGCGUGAUUAUAAAGUGCCCAAUAUAUCUUUUUUGUUUAUGCUCAUUUCAUACAUUAUGCAGUUGUUAUAAUUAUUCGAUAUACAGAUGUUAAGAUUUACAAUACUAUUAUACCAACAAAUUUAACCAGAAUUAUGUCUCUGUAAUGGUGAUUUAACCGGAUAAACAUUACGUAAGCAA